GAGGAAGUCCCUGGGAGCGCAGCUGACUUGGGGAAGGUCUGGGAAAAAUUUCCCUGCCUUUGGAAGGAGGGGGGGUGGCCCAGGCGGAGAUGAGCCACCGCUGAUGAGAAACCCCAGGGAAUCAUCGGUAGGUGGCCCUAGACCAGUUCAGACGCUCCCUCCGCGCGCGGCGUGGAGAGGGUUUGUGCAAACAUUUCCUCGCUGUGCCGGGAGGAAUGCAGGAGGAGGCCGCCUCUGGUGCAUCUUGGACUAUUCCAGAACUGCGCCCUCGCCUGUGAAGUUGCAGGGGGGAAGGCGAGGCCAGCAUCGGGCAGGGGCAGCGCCUGGAAGAAGGAAAGGAGAGGACCCCCACCCCGAGUCCACGCUGCCCAUGGACACCCCUGCCUGCCCGGGGCCCAGGCCUCUGCCCCCCUCCAGGAAGCGCUCUCCGCCGGCCCCCACGAGGCCCGUGCUCACCCUGCUGCUCCUGGUCUCCGUCAAACAAUUGCUGUGAUAAAAAGCAAGUACGGCACAAGCAUCAAUGUGGAAUGGGAACAAACAGGAUGCUGUCCCAUCUGAUUGCCAAGUUUGGGAAGUUGUACAAUCUCCAGUUACAGGAUCCCUCCUUGAGGAAACAACUCGCAAGUGGGCUCAAUACAAAGAGAAGUGUCUGAAAGACUUGCUCAAGGAACCUUCUGGGACCUUUUGUAAUGGGACCUUUGAUCGAUAUGUGUGCUGGCCUCAUUCUUCUCCAGGGAAUGUCUCCGUCCCCUGCCCUUCAUACUUACCUUGGUGGAGUGAAGAGCUGUGUUUACUUUCAGAAAACUCAGGAAGGGCCUACAGAUACUGCUUGGCUCGGGGUACUUGGCAAAUGCUGGAGAACUCCACGGAUAUUUGGCAGGAUGACUCCGAAUGCUCCAAGGACCACAGCUCUGAACAGAAUGUGGAGCACCAUGCCUUGUUGUCGACUUUGCAGCUGUUGUACACUGUGGGGUACUCUCUCUCCGUCAUCUCUCUCCUCCUGGCACUCACUCUCCUCUUGUUUCUUCGAAAGCUCCACUGCACACGCAACUACAUCCACAUGAACUUGUUUGCUUCUUUCAUCCUGAGAGCCCUGGCUGUGCUGGUGAAGGAUGCCAUCUUCUACAACUCUUACUCCAGGAGGCCCAACAGUGACAAAGAGUGGAUAUCCUAUGUGUCCGAGAUAUCUGCCUCCUGCCGCUCGGCUCAGGUCCUGCUGCACUACUUCGUGGGUGCCAAUUACUCAUGGCUGCUGGUCGAAGGCCUUUAUCUGCACACGCUGCUGGAGCCCACAGUGCUUUCUGAGAGGCGGCUGUGGCCCAGAUACAUGCUGGUGGGUUGGGCCUUCCCGCUGCUGUUUGUUGUACCCUGGAGUAUCACCCGUGCACAGCUGGAAAAUACUGGGUGCUGGGUAACCAAUAGAAAUAAGAAAAUCUGGUGGAUCAUCCGAGGGCCCAUGCUGCUUUGUGUAAUGGUCAAUUUCUUCAUCUUCCUGAAAAUUGUCAAGCUUCUCAUUUCAAAGCUCAAAGCCCAUCAAAUGUGCUUCAGAGAUUAUAAAUACAGAUUGGCAAAGUCAACACUGGUCCUCAUUCCUUUGUUGGGUGUUCACGAGAUUCUCUUCUCCUUCAUCACUGAUGAUCAAGUAGAAGGAUUUUCAAAACUUAUACGACUCUUCAUGCAGCUGACUCUGAGCUCAUUUCAUGGAUUACUCGUGGCCUUGCAGUACUGCUUUGCCAAUGGAGAGGUGAAGGCUGAGCUGCGGAAGCACUGGGUACGCUUCUUGCUGGCCCGCCACUCGGGCUGCAGUGCCUGGGUCCUGCAGAAAGACUUCCAGUUCCUGGGAAAAUGUCCCAAGAAGCUGUCCCAGGCAGGCCGCACGAGGACACGGGAGAAGCUGCAGCCCUCGCUGGGCGGUGGUAACAACCAUGGACAGCUCCUGCACCUGGCCAUGCAUGGCUUGGGGGGACUGGGCCCCCGGCCCCCACGGGGACACGCAGCCUGGCCCCGGGGCAGCAGCCUGUCCGAGAGCAGCGACGGGGACUUCACCCUGACCCACACCAUGGAGGAGAUUCUGGAAGAGAGUGAGAUCUAGGCUGGAGGCCCGCCGCCCGGGGAGGAAGGAAGUGGCACGUGCCACAGAGCCCUCGGGGUCUCCCCAUGCACCGUGCCCAUUUUGGCGUGAAGUUCAUGUCCAGGUCUCUGAUGCUCAGACCCAGUGUGGAGGAUGCCCUAAAGGCUGAGCAAGGCCCCGGGCCAUUAGGGUCGGGCUCAGUGACUAAAGCAAUACAGCAGGGCACUGGAAGAAAACCACAGGAGGAAGAUUCUAGGAGAACACACGUUAAUGGCCAAGAGUGUCGCUUUGGAGUGUGCAAAAAUGCAUGUGUAUUUGGGCGGGUACGUUGCCGUGGGAUGAGAGAGAUACAGCCUUACACUAGCGGGAGCACCGGUAGGGCAGUCAUCAGGACGUAUUGCCAGAUUUGGUAGUUAAAACACAUAGUGCUCAAUUUGAUUUGCAUUUCAGAUCCACGAAUAAUCUUCUGGUGUAAGUGUAUCCCAUGGGGUAUACGUGAUCCGCAAUUCAAAUGACAUUGCAAGGCCACUAUUUUGCCUAGCAGCUCCGUUGUCAAGUACACUCUGCCAGCAGGAUGGGGACUAGGGUGAGGUAGGUGAGGAACCCGGCUUGGGUGCAAGAUUUAAGACAGCACUGGAAAAAAAAUCUUCAAGAUAAGUAAUAUUUUAACACGACAUUAAAAAAAAAAAUCCACAAGCUUCCGCAGAUGGGCCAUUUCUAAAGAUAACUUUUUAUUAGCACAGUGCCAGGAUGAGGGUGAGACCAGCGAGAGACCAGCUCAUCCAAAUGCAGAGUCUGAUCCUGACUUUAUUGAAAACAUUGGUAUUUUGCCUGUCACGGGUUUUGGGGCGUGAAUUUCUAUUUUUAAACAAUUGCACCUAAAAUAUUAUUUAUCUCGCUGAUUCCAUGUUUCCGCCCUCCCCCCUGGAGUCCCGGCUCUGCUUGCCAAGAGGAGAAACUGGAGCAGAGGCACUGGGCAAGUGCAUAACAAAGCGAAGGUUUAUUUUUUUGGUGUCCAGAUCAUACAUAGCUCAAUCAUUAAAAGUAUACGUCCUUCUAAUUUCUCCCUGCUCUAAAUAUCCCUGCCUUCCCUGCUCAGGUCUGUUAGCUUCUAGGGAGCUGGGGCCCUGCUGUGUUCCUAGCCUGCACCCAGCACAGCAGGUUCAGACUAGGUGCCCAGUAUACACUCGGCGAUGACAUGGGACAGAGAUGUCUUUGGAAGCAUCGGAUGCUGUUGGGGAUCAGUGACCCAGGACCCGACCUUGAAUAGGAGAAGGAAGUUUAUUUUUUUCCCAAAGCAUCUGUAAAUAUGUUCUCCCUGCCUCGUCACUCCCCAAAUGGGGUGGCACGUGCACACACACACACAUACACACACCCUGCUUGCUCUUGUCUCGUUAACAAUUAAAAUAACAAGUUUAUUUAA